AUGAGGGCGCCGUUUGUCUCGCUGUUACUUCUCGUUGCGCCUACAAUUGCCCAAGAGCUCACGCUCGCCCAGCGCGGGGAUACCAACUGCACAGAGGUCCACAUCUUCCUGGCGCGUGGAAACAACGAACCCUACCCCGGUCGCCAGUCAAAGCUUGUUGCCGCCAUUUGUGAAGGACUGAAGAGUUGCGACUAUGAAGACAUCGCGUAUUAUAAUCCCUUUGAAGCCCCGUACUGCGAGUCGGUAGCAGAAGGCGCUUCAAAUGGCAUCUCACAGAUAACGGCCUACAAUGCGCGAUGCCCUGAAUCUAAGUUGGUCGUCAGCGGAUAUUCACAGGGUGCUCAUGUCGUUGGCGAUGUCUUGGGUGGUGGGGGAGGGGUAUAUUUUCAAGGCUGUGUCCAAACCCCUAAUGACGGCUUGGACUUUGAAAAGGCUCCCGGAAACAUGAUCCGUGCUGCUCUCCUGUUUGGAAAUACACUUCAUACCGCAAACCAGCCCUUCAAUUAUGAAAGCGGUUCUGGUGGUAGUGGCCUAUUCCCGCGUUCUGGAGAUAGACUCGCUGGGCUCAACAAAUUCGCCAGUGUGCUCCGUGACUAUUGUGUUGCCUCGGACCCAAUAUGUGCCGAUGGUGAUGUUGUGGCCAAUCAUCUUAAUUACUUCGACAUUUAUUCGACAAACGCGGCGAGCUGGGUUGUCGAAAAGCUGGGGUUGGAAGACGGGUCUACAUCAAAUGUCUUGAGCACCACCACCAGAAGUACCGCCAGAAGCAGCACCGAUAUCAGUAGAAGCAGCAGUAAGUCUGAGGCCAGUUCCGCAUAUGCUAGCGCCACAUCCUUCUCUGAAGCUGCCUCGCAGACGGAAGAUACGACCGCUUCAGAGACAUAUGCCAGUACUGCUUCCGAAACGCAAGGCACAACCGAGCAGACUACGCAGCCUACGUCAUCUGAUUCACAAGACAAUGCCCCGGACGCUUCAGAUGGUAGCAGCUUGGUUUCCUUAAGCAGUAUCUCAAUGGGAUUAAUUCUGGGCUUUGUCAUAUCCACCUUUGCAUGGUGA